AUGAUAUCUAAAGUGGGAGCAGAUGAAUCUUCUGCAACGUUAACCGUUGGUUUUCUGGGACUCGGGAUCAUGGGCUCUCCAAUGGCGCAAAACCUUUUAAAAGCUGGGUAUGUGAUCAACUAUCAAACAGAAUAUUGCUUGUGACGAUUAUUUUAGCUCGCCUUUGUUAUAUUUUAGCUUAAAGUCCAUCAACAUUUGUUCUACGUGACAAAUUAACGUCCUGUCACAAAUCAUCUUUUCAACUACAUGGGCGACGGGUUUAGAAAAUACUUCCGCUAGUGCUCUAUCCGAUUGAACUCGAAGACAACUGUGAAACGUCUUCGUUUUCUACUCAGAAGAUGUAUGCACAUUUUCUGGAAUUUACUCAAUUCAUGUUUUGCAGAUAUAAUGUUACUAUUUGGAAUAGGACGAAGAGCAAGUGUCAUCACAUUUUGGAGUUGGGGGCGAGGUAUGCGUUCUCCUUAUCCUCGGCUAAUCCUGGUCGUUCUUGUCUGAAUCUCAUGUUUGUUUAGUCGUCUAUUUUUCUAUGAAUUAUGCGAUAUUUUGCGUCCCACGUUCAUCUAGUUUGCAAUCUAUUUCUAAAUUUUAUUUUUUUAAUCAUGAAUUCCGGUUUUGAGCUGAGAGCCUUAGUUAUAUGAAAUAUACCUGAAUUUGUACUCUUUGUUUUCAUUUAUUGAAUUUUUUCAUCUGUUCGACAGUCUGGCAUCUGUCUUUAGAAUUUCUUGGUUUUUCCCCUUUAUUUUUCAUGUGCACAUGACUGAUCUUAAUAGAUGCCAUGCGUAGGAUUUAUUUUUCCUGUUCGACAUUGUGGUGAAGUGGGUGUGAGCAUAGAUCAUACCAUGUUGAUUUUAAGAAUCGUUUGAUUCCAAUUUCGGUUGCUGAUUGUUUUCCUGAACCUUAUUUAUGAACAUCUUGUUAGCUUGUUGUGAGGGCUGCAACGCCCUCUUGCAGUUGCCUCAUUUCGUCCUACCUUUCCUUUAUACUUGGAACUAGCUAUCAAAAUUCUUGCAUCUAAAUUAUGCGAUGUUGUGCUUUCCAUUCGGUCAUCUCCCCCUCCGUUCUCAAUGAAGGAACUGAUUUUCAAAAGAGGGUUUUACUCGACCUGAUGUCAUAAUAUGUUACUGCUGUGACCUAUGGAGGAAGAGGUUUCAGUUACCGUAUAUUAAACACCACCUAGCCUUUCUAUCACUUAAACGAUGUUGAUAAAGAUAUCAGCAUAUUUCUCACCUCGUUUCUCCUGUGGCAAGAACAACCGGCAUGAGUAGUGACUCGUCCAGCUAGAUCUUGCUAGAUUUCGUCGGAAGCUACAUUUCCUUAAGUGCUUCAAGUUUCUCAGUCAGUUCCGAUUGUACUUUGAAAUGAAUUUAUACAGGCAAAGGCGAGGGCUUUCGUAGAUAAUUUUCGGUUUGAUAGUCUAAAUCUUACUCGUUUCUUUUCAUGCACAGAGUUGUAGGUGGGCCUAACGUUAUUCCAUCCUGGUUUUAAUUGAAGAUGACGCAAUGAUUUCUGCAGAUAUGAGCCUUCCCCAGCAGAAGUGGCAGCGUCUUGUGAUGUGACAUUCGCCAUGCUUGCUGAUCCCCAGAGUGCAGUGAGUAUUAGACCCUGGGCAUCGACAGUAUUUCGUUAACUGGUUCAUUGAGUUGGCCGAAAUUGCAUCAUCUCUCCUUUGUUUCAUCUAGGUAGAUGUUGCUUGUGGGGAGAAUGGAGCUGCAAGAGGCAUGGCUCCUGGAAAAGGGUAUUUAUCUCGCCUGUCACCUGGGUGCCACAACACAAAGGGAUGUUCAUUCAAUUCGCGUUCAGUUGAACUGACGCCAUCUGCAUGGAUUGACUUUUCUUUAAAUGGUUCUUUCUAGGUAUGUAGAUGCUUCUACAGUUGACGCAGCUACUUCUAAGCUAAUUAGUAAACAUAUCAAAGAUAAAGGCGCUCUGUUCUUAGAGGUGAGUCGCGACAUUUGUGCUUCAAUGUCUGCAGCCUUUUCGCGUUCAACUAGAAUAAUAUUCUCAAUUAUGUCUGAAACCUUUCUUCAGGCUCCUGUUUCAGGCUCAAAGAAGCCUGCAGAAGAUGGGCAGCUUAUCUUCCUUGCAGCAGGUCAGCUACUAAAGUGGGCUUUAGCUUUCUUAUUCCUCCCUGCAAUGGCUGUAAGGUCUGCUUUCGUAUUGCAGGGGAUGCCUCACUGUAUGAAACAGUUGGGCCGCUGUUGGACGUCAUGGGGAAGGUUAUUUUUCUUUCCAUAAAUAGCCCAUCCCCCGAGGGCCCCCUUGAUUGCUUCGUGAUGUUUCCUUCUUUGAUUGCCCCCAUUUGCAUGGGUUUCUGAUGUCAAAGUGCAGUCGAAGUUCUACCUGGGGGAGGUCGGGAACGGCGCGUCGAUGAAACUCGUGGUGAAUAUGAUCAUGGGAAGGUGAGGGGUCAACUCCCUCCGACCCAGAAGUCCACGCCGAAUGAUCCGAAGAGCAACCCUUCAUCUUUGUUUCUCCAUGAUCUCAGCAUGAUGGCCGCGUUCUCCGAAGGGCUCCUACUCGGGGAGAAGAUCGGGCUGGACCCAGAUGUCAUAAUCGAGGUCGGUCUCAAUCCACACCAUAACCUGUCCGUGCUUCAUUAUUUUUAUUACUAUUAUUGGUUAUUUUCUUCUAGACGAACUAUAAGUGGAAAUGAUGGGCGGUGCAGGUGGUUUCCCAGGGUGCCAUAAGUGCCCCGAUGUUCUCCAUGAAAGGCCCCUCGAUGGUGCAAUCGGCGUACCCGACAGCUUUCCCCUUGAAGCACCAGCAGAAGGUGAGAUCUGCUUCUCGUGUUCUUCCCCCCCCCCCAUAUGAGCAGCAGCACUAGCAGGUCGAGGGCUCGUUUCAUUGCGGCUAAAGGCGUUGGCUUGGUUUCUCACCGGUGGUCAGGACCUGCGGCUGGCGCUGAGCCUGGCGGAGGCGGUGGCGCAGCCGACGCCCGUUGCGGCGGCGGCCAACGAGCUGUACAAGGCGGCCAAGUCCCUUGGCCUGAGCGACCAGGACUUCUCCGCCGUGAUCGAAGCCCUGAAGACGAAGGCUCAGCAGCAGCAAUAA